AAGGGGCGGAGGCCGGGAGCGGAGCCUGGCGCGGGCGGCGGCCCCGGGCGCGUCCCCCGCGGCCCCGGGUGGUGCGGCCCUGGGCGGUCCCCGCGGGCAGGCGGGGAGGCGGGAGGCGCUGGGCGGCGGCGCAGAGUGCAGCAUGGCGUAUCCCGGGCAUCCUGGCGCCGGCGGCGGCUACUACGCGGGCGGGUACGGAGGGGCUCCCGGAGGGCCUGCGUUUCCCGGACAAACUCAGGAUCCGCUGUAUGGUUACUUUGCUGCUGUAGCUGGACAGGAUGGACAAAUAGAUGCUGAUGAACUGCAAAGAUGCCUGACACAGUCGGGCAUUGCUGGAGGAUACAAACCUUUUAACCUGGAGACUUGCCGGCUUAUGGUUUCAAUGCUGGAUAGAGACAUGUCAGGCACAAUGGGUUUCAAUGAAUUUAAAGAACUCUGGGCUGUACUGAACGGCUGGAGACAACACUUUAUCAGUUUUGACAGUGAUAGGAGUGGAACAGUGGAUCCCCAAGAAUUGCAGAAGGCCCUGACAACAAUGGGAUUUAGGUUGAGUCCACAGGCUGUGAAUUCAAUUGCAAAACGAUACAGUACCAAUGGAAAGAUCACCUUUGAUGAUUACAUCGCCUGUUGCGUCAAGCUGCGAGCUCUAACAGACAGCUUUCGAAGACGGGAUACUGCUCAGCAAGGUGUAGUGAAUUUCCCAUAUGAUGAUUUCAUCCAGUGUGUUAUGAGUGUUUAAAUCAGGAGCAAGCUGUAUGAACAUAAUCCACAUCCCGACUAGAGUUCUCCUCUGCUCUCUGCCCUCAGCAACUGUGUGCAGACUUACACAGCCACUUUUCCUUAGCAGCUCUUGUAAAGGUUUAUUACUUUAUGUAUAACUGAAGUUUUUUGUUUUGAUAAUAAAUGCUUUGAGAUGAUACUAUCAUAA